GAUAUACAUACAUACAUACAUAUUUUCAACCUUGCAAGUCCCGUACUCUACAAGAAACGGGAAUACCAUAUCCUACAAGUCCUUUUUCAUGACUUUUAUAAUUAUACGUAUGUAAGAAAUUUUUUGUUCUUUUCUAUUGGUGUCCUUUUGUACCUACGUUUCCAUAACUCGUGGUGGACAUCAUAAACCGUAGAACACUAAUGACAUUAAACUAUUCUAAGCACUUUAAAGCGAGUGAAGGUACUGUGAAUGCCUGUCAUAAGAUGGUGUAAAAAUAAAAUACCUUUUUGUUUAGCCUUAUCUCAAGUAAGGCGAGCUUGUAUUCUGAUUCUUAAACGUACGUCUAAACAAACGAAAAGACAGCGGAGAUCGCAUAAAUAGAAUGCGAUCGGCUUUUCUUCUUUCAGUCCGCAGCGAAACGUCGAGCUGCGCAGUUGUGCACUGGGCGUUGGAACUUUAUAUUUACGCAUGCAUGUACAUAUAUAUAUAUGUACUUAGAUCGAGUGUAACUGUUUAGAAGCAUGGCCGGCCCCCUAAGUGUCAUGGCCGCGGAAAGUGAUAGCGAUGUGGAGAUCAUAGAGCCCAUGGACCAUCAUCACCACCAUCGGCAGCAGGAACCAUAUGGGCAUCCCACCAAGAUGUACCCGCAAAUUCCAUUCGGCAUACCCUCCCCACCAUUUUCACCCACUGAUCGUACGGAUAUGCCGCUGGUCAAGGAGAUUCUGGCUCGCAAUGAACAUAUAAAUAUUCCCGAAGGAACCGUGCUCUGUGUUCCGUGCUACCUGUGCAAACAGCCCUUCAAUGACAUUGAAUCCUUCAAGGAGCACUUCACCCAACAUGCGGCGGAAAUUAACGCCUGGAAUACAACGCGUGCGCAGGAGCAGACACCUCCGCCGACGAUAAAACCGUUUGUUCAGUCAAUGAAUAAGUCAUUCGAGCAUCCCACAGAUCAGCACUUAUUCCAUUCCAUUGAUCAUGGGGCCAUGGAUCACCAUCACAAUGCCCAGUAUCGCAAUCGGAUGGAGUUUUGCUGUCAGCCACCCGCGAAUUUUUACUCAUCGCCGCUCGAACCACAAAUUCCUUUUCAAAUGCCUGCGGUUCAUCAACAUCCGAUUCAGAUACCACCCAUGUAUAUGACCGCUCAACAUACGGUCUAUGAGACACCAAUGCUGUUUUUAGGAAACCGGAGACUCGAACUGCGCCAAAAACUGCCAAUGUCACCGCAACCUCCUCUGGAGCAUCCUGGUCAUCCAAUGCUUAGCGCGGGUCCAAGUAAUGAACAUACCUCGCCUCAAAUGCAAAACGUUUGUGUGUCGGAAGGAAUUCCCACAAGGGUAGAGAAACCACCGGUCUUGGAAAAUCACCGACUUCAUGCACAAGAUCCGAUUCAGGAUGCGGGUGCAGGAAAGUCCCGAUCGGCGGUGCUGAUCAGACCCAAGCCCCCAAAUGCAAAACCCCCGGCUUUCAAUCGAGGUCAUUUCGAGUGCAAUUGGUGCGGAAAGCGAUUGAGCUCCCGCCAGUCGCUGAAAUACCACGAGAACCACUUCCACGGGGAUAAUGAGCUGACAGCGAAUCGGGUAGAGAAGGAUUUGACCAAGCAGCACAAGUGCCUCACAUGCAAGAAACGCUACAAGCGGCGGACCUUUCUCCUAAUGCACAUGAAGGUCAAACACGGGAUUGCUCUCCCGGGCAGGAUUAAUGCUGAUCCCGAAUAUCCAAAAUCUGUAGAUCCGCCUGCAACCGCGGAGGUUCCUGUCUCCCCAAAGUCGUCGCCGGACGAGGCACCGAAAAAGGAGAUAUGGAGCACAAGAAUAUUCAACGCUGUGGCGGCAGCCAAGUAUAAACCAGCCAGCGAGCGGGCGGACAAGUAUCUGGUUGCACCACGUCAGCAAACCAAGCAGUUGGAAUCGGGUUUUACGAUCACGCCUAAACGGACGUAUCCACUCCGUUCGCCCUUCUUCAAUCCGGAUCUAUGGCUGGACUGCGAUGGCUAAACUUGGCUGGAUUUUAGGCAACUUGGAGUAUCAAAUAUUCGAGCUAAUACCGCCUUCAGCCUAGCUGGAUGGCCGACCGACUGCAUUAGUCUUGUUAUUUUUAGCGAUAAAUAUUACUUCGUUUCAUGAAGCUUCUGAGUAUGUACAAUGUACGUAUGUAUAUAAUAGCAUGGAUACAUAUCGCACUCGUAAGCGAUCUAUUCUGUGGCCUCAGCACUUCGGAUCUGAAUCUCGAUGUCGAAGUCCCAAAGCCCCAAACUUCUUGUCAUAAUAAACAAACUAAAAACGCUGAACAUUGCAAUAAAUUGUAAGCACUCGUACGCUCAAAUUCGUCCGUUUCUGUUGUAGGUUUUGUACAUAAAAUGGAAAUGAAGAAACGCGUAAGCAAAACCAAUAAAAACUGUGAUUUUUUUACCCUAAGUGUCCUUCAUUCCUUUCAAAAUGGAGGCAUUUUGAAGUGGGUAUUCUCGGGUUACCCGAAGUACCUAAAGUGGAAAGUAGACCCCGUUGAUAUUUUGCUGAUAGUCCCUUUAAGAGCAAAGAUAUUUGACACACAUGUUUUUUGCAUCGAGUUAAAAUAUAACAUUUUUCUCAGAAGGCCAGGGCUCUAAAUAAUAAUGAAUUGGGAUGUAUCUGUAUACAUACCAUUCCUAUACAUAUUCUUUUUCAUCUUUAUCAUAUUUUUCCGAACGCUGCAUUUAUAAUUUAUAACAUACAUAUCAUUCUAACCCGAAACAUCUACAAUUUUUAUAAUAUUAGUACUUGCAGUAUGAAAGACAUUUUUCGUUCUUUAAAAUAUUUUUAACGAGUCAUAAUCCGCUGGCUAAGCACAUAUGUUUUUUAA